AUGCGCCAUGCUCGCAGAUUUACCGACAUAACGCCUGUUAUUCCGAUCCAGAAAACCAAAGAUAGAGUUAAUGACAAGAAAAAGUUCCAUAAACAAUCUAAAAAGUCCAGGAAAGGUUCUACAAUGAGUACUUCGCGUGGCUCAAAACCGCAACAACACCAAGACGGACCAAGAACGGAAUUAGACUAUGAAAUCGAACGACUAAAAGCAGAAAUACAACAAGAACGACAAAUGAAGUAUGUCGUAAUCAAAGCUAAAUAAGCCUUUUGUUGACGUUAUUUUCCACGGCAGUUUAAAUGUAAUCUUUUUGUACGGAACUCAGUCUAUUAUCACGGUAUCGUAUCAUUUAUUUUUGUUUUGAAUUUUAUUAAAAGUCACUUAGCAACAUCGCCGUUUAUGAUGUUUGCCAUCUCAGGGAAUCUCCAUUAGUUUUCACGAUAGGAGGGAUGUUUUUUGUAGGCCUAGUAACUUACAAUAUGCUGUACUCACUUAACGUUUCUUUUUCACGUCUUUUCUGAGAAACUCUUUAUCAUGAGUUACCGUUAAAUUAACACUGUGCAACCUACUAAAAUUGCAUUCUCUGCAAAUUAUUUUCGUCUACUCGAAUGAACUAAAUUGUCAAUCAAAGAUUCGAAUUCGCUUUGGUCCUAAUUUUUUUAAAGGAAGGAUGUUCUUUUCUCUAUGACUAACACAGUCUUUCUUGACAGGGAGAUGCUAGAACAAUCUUCUGUUGAAUUAGUGAAUACCAUCAGCGAUCUGGAAGAGAAAAACGACAACGUUGAAGGCGAAGGUAAAAGGAUUUGUGUAUGCUUAUACUCGGUGUAGAAUAUCAAAAGUGGUUAUGUUUCGAUCUUUCAUUUUAUUAAGUAAAAUUAAAAGUAUUAAAGAAGUUUCUUUGUAUAUCUAACUCCUGCUCAACCUUUUGUAGAUAACGAAUGGAAGACACGAUUUGAAACUCAGCAAGAAAUGAACAACCAGCUUGAGAAACAAGUUGUGUUAUUACGGGAAAAACUUGGCCAACUUAAGAUUCCAUCUCGAGAUGGUAAGCUUACUUAGAAUAUAAACAUAUUGUUGAUCAAUACACCUAUAUUUGGCCUUUGUUAGAGAAGAGCUUGCCACCUUGGUAUUGUAAUCUGCAAUUGAUUUCCCAAGGAGGGAGAUCCAGAUUUACUGUGAUUUGUGUCAGCUGUAGAGUGGCUGGUUGGCUGACAGCCUUUGAAAGCAUGUUUCUGACUUACACACUAUUCACACCAGCAAAACAUGUUUGCCUAAACUUGGUAUAACUGAAUGAAAAUCAGAAGCAGAGAACUGAAAACUGAAUUUUUCAACAAACAUCAGUCUUAACAGUUUCUAUGAAGAAUAAAAUUUUCAACCAUGUUUAACAAAACAAGUUCAAAACGUUUCUAAGCUUUGGUGUAAAUGAGGUAUAAGCCAUGUCUAAUCAUGGUCAGGUUUAAGGGAUUGUCUUGUCUGGGUUCAUGAGCUGAGGAUGCCAUGCCCAGCUCAUUUAAGAGAACAUCCUGUGUCAAAUACUUAGGAAUAAAUUUGUCUUUAAUGUAGCUUUUCCUUUAUAUCUAAUGGUGCUCACUUUUGUUGAUAUUGAUAUAUUUUUUUACAGGAAAACCAAGUAAUCAUCUCAAAACAUAUAAUGGUCUAUCUGAUGUAAGUUUAGAAAUUUAACUUUUUUUUACUGUGUUUAAUUUAUUUUCAAUUGAUGUACAUAUUUUCAUGCUUUUUUAUAUGUAUGAGUCACCAUUUUUAAUUAUGAUAUUUAUUUCUUUUCCUUUUAACUCCCAGACCAAAUUUGUAAUUCUCCUUACUGUCAACCAUACAAUUCUUAUAAUGUUAAUUCAGAGAAUUUAGUCUUGGAUCAACUAAUUAUCCUCAAAUUUAUAGUUUUCUUUAUUCUCGUCACUUGUCUGCUUGAUAUUGUAUUGAUAUUGUAAGGAGAAAUUCUGUCUUGGUCAUUCACGGGAGCUAAAGGGUUAAUUUAAGUCUUGCUACGGAGAUUUUAAAAUUAUAUCAAUGACAGAACAGUUCUAUUCUUGAUAAUUUUUCCAUCAGGCAGAAAUAAGAAAACUAAUGAAACAGCUGGAGAGGGAUAAAACAGAGUUACAGGGUCAGUUGCGAGACUUGGAAUGGCGUCUAGACAAUGAAUCCAAGGUAUCAAAAUGCAUUCUAUAGCUUCAUAAAAUUCAAUGGUUAAAGUAAUCAAUUUGUCAUUAACUGAAUAUCAUUGAGUUUUUCUGUACUUUUUCUCACUGGUGUGGAUUUAUGGAUGAAGUAACCUACAUUAUAGUUGCACUUGCAUUGACAAGCUCAAGAUCUGCUUCUUUCUUAAACUUAAACUCCAGCAAUCUGAAUGAUAAUUCUUCAAACUGAUGAAUUGAAUUCCCUCUUUGAUGACUUGUCUCAAGAAUGUGGUAUUUAAAUUCAGCCUUUAUCCCCACAAUUGAUCUUAUUACCUGUUUGACUGGGUGUGUAGUGAUCAAUAUGCUGGGAUAGAGGGAUUAUUAUUCCUCCUGAUCCAUUGCAUUGAUCUAUACUUGGAGUAAAGUGUUAAAAUUUCUCUCAUCACCCAGCUACAUUGAUUGAUUUGAAAAAUUGUUGGUUGGGUGUAGGUAGAGGUUGUGUCAAAAGAAAAAACAAACAAACAAACCAAGUAGCAAUGAAGGAAGAAAUGCUACUUCUUAUAUUCUGUCUAGUAGAGUCACACCUUAGUAUGAAUGGUACAAAAUAGAUAAAUUAAUAAUACUUCCUUAUUGAUUUUUGAAUUAGGCUUUUCACAAGAUAAAUGAGGAAAGAAAGAAGUACCUAACUGAACUAGAUGAGGUAGGUGUGCUGUUGAACAUGAUUCUCUCCUGUAAGUACAUUUAACUAUGUACCUUUGCUGGCCAUAAAAUGGUAAUCUGCCAUUUCCAGAAGAAUGAUAUCAACAGAAAAGUUUCUUUUGUUCUAUGCCCCACUUUUUAUUAAAAUUCCAAAUUACACUCCUGGUCAAGAGGUAUAAGUCAGUACCUUUGCCUGGGUGAGACAAUUUGCUUUUACAGUGCCUUGAUCAGUCAGGAGUAUUAAUGGGUAUUAAUGAACUGGGUAUUAAUGAUCUGGGAAAAAAUGCUGAUAUUUCCCUGCAAUAGAGUGUCAUCCCAUUUUUGUAAGGUAGCAAUACUGAUGAUCACUUUGUUCUGUGAAAUUUGGAAUAAAUCCCAGUGAUGGUGAAGUUGGUUUGAAAGUGAAUGCUCCUCCAAAUAGCAUAUUGUUUGAGGAAGUCCUGUUUUAUAGGAACAGAGAAAGACAGAUUCUUUUUUGGUAUUCACCAUUUUUAUGUUUCUUUAUUUGCAUCUCAGACUGCUGCAUUCAUCGAUGACACAAAAACAAAAACAAGACAAGCAAUUCAUGAAGCUCAGAGAGAGAAUGAAGCUCAGUUGAACAAUGCAAAAUUAAGGUUUGGCCAUAACCAAUGAUAAAAAAUACUUUGAGAUAACUAUAAUGUGGAGAUCAGUUUAGUUUACUAGAUAUGCUAAUUUGUUUGGUAGUCAUUUUAAAUCUUUGUUGUUAUCUUUUAUGUUGCAAAAAAAAAAAGGAAAAUCAUUCAAAGGAAUGAAGAAAGGGAUUUCGUGUCUACUUGUUGUUGAGGGUCAACACAGGGAAUUUCAAUUUCAAGCACAAAAGAUUUUGAAAUAUCUAUUCCUUGGACUUUAAACCUAUGGGACACAUAUCUCAAUGGUUCAGUAGUGUUGUUGUCUAUUUCCUUAUUUCCUCAUCUACUUGAUUUCUCAUUUUUCAGACAUCCUAACCACUUUGGCCUGCCAGACAAUCAAAGGAUAAUUGAUCCAAAGAGAGGUCCUGUGAAGAAGGUGGCAGCUGUGCGGAAGCUGCCAAAGUUAGACAGCUCAGGAUCAGGUGGAAGUAAAUCACCUGGCAACAGUCCAAGGAACAGUUAGCAUACAUGAAUCUAUAGGAUGGCCAAACGUAAAGGAUACCUUCAAACAUGAGAUACUUAUUCUUUUAACCCUUGAUACCUUAAGAUCAGUAUGCUUAUUCUUCAUACUGAUCUCUAUACAUUUCAUGAGGUGCUGACAAGGAGAAUUUGUUUAGCAAUCAAGAGCUUCUUUAGUUGGUGAUCAUUUCCUUUAUUCUCAUGACCUUCAUGUGUGAUUGAGGGUGAUAUUGUAAGGAGAAAUUAGAUGCUAGUUAUACUUAGGGGUCAAAGGGUUUAGGUAGUGUAUACAAUGUAAUCAGACAAUUGAGGCACAAAACAAACAUUGUUACCCUAGUUUUAGUCAAUUAAUCAUUGUGCUAUUGCUCUCUUCAAAGAGGUAACAGACCAUGGACGAAAUUUCCUGGUACUAUCCAUUGUCGGCAGUGCAUAGUCUUAUUUAUGUAUUUAUGCAAAGAAAAAAUAUGGGGCUUUGAAUAAAAGGUGAACUAUUAUGACAAAGGGCAAAAAAAAAAUAGUUGGUAUAGUUCUUGAUUCAAUCCAAUUCUUAUGGAAUACUAAAUCAAACCAUCUAGGAUGAAAAACUGCCUACAACAUUUGACUAAUGCUUUUAAGAUUGUGAAUUAAAAAAGGAAAAAGCUGCUCGAUACUACCAAUCUUUUAUUGACUUUUGCAUUUGAGCGGAACCCUACUCUCAAAUGACAAAAUAGAUAAUUACCCAUUGUUGUAAAUGAUCACAUAACAAUGUAAAAUUUAGUUAAAGCUUGUGUGUUUUGUUUUCUUAGCUUGUAAAUAUACACUCAGUUACCAACAAAUAUAUAGAGGAAAACAGAUAUGUAAAUAUUAUGAUUGUAAAAGUGACAUGAUUGUCUAUCUGAUAAAAUGAUCA